AUGAAGUAUUGCGGGAAUACCCGAAAAAGAAGUGGCGGAGAUGAAGGUGGGAACUAUUACUGCCACGGAAACAAAGGAGAGAGAAGAGACGUGGGUCAGGACGACGUGGAAGAAGGCGAAAUGUCGGAAUCAGAGAAAUGCCGUGUCGAAACUCCAGAAACCCCUACGCGAGCAGGAAAUGACGAGAAGCCAGACCCGCCCCGUAUCUCUCGGGAGCCUUCACGGACCUUCAAAAGUAUCAUUUCCCCUCUCGGAGGAAUCGGGAAGAAACUCUCCGAGUUGAAGAAACGUUCGUCAGAUGCAAUGGACAGGGCAUUCAGUCGGCACGCUUUGUUGGUUUACCAUCAUGCGUGGCAUUUUAUUGUAAUCUCUACACUUUUAACUGCGAUCAUGUCUCUCGGUAUUGUCUUCCGCAAGCACGAAAACGAUAUGUACAAGCUCUAUAGUUACUCAGGCGCUCCCAGCAACGCAGUGAAAACCCAACUCCUCAAACACUUUGCACCUGUGCGCACAACCUACAUAGUGGCUUUCAGUCGGGAGGACCAUAUAACACCCGAGAGCCUCCAGGGACUGAGUGACAUUGACCAGAAAGUGCGAAAUCUCACCGUGGUUCGUGACGACGUGACUGUGGAUGAAUUUGGCGACCCCCUGGCGAGACAGCGGGACUUCAAUCCGCAAACAUUUCCAAAAUUGAUCACGUUUCAAGACCUGUGCGCACGCGAUUCAUGGGGCGACUGCAAUGUUAUCUCCGUUCUAGAUCUUUAUACCUCUCCGCGCGUCUGGGGGCGCCCGAUUGUGUCUCGAGAAUGGCCCGUGGUUGUCAAUGUCAGGACCAAAAAGGCGUAUCGCGCAGAUGCAAUGCUUGGCAACAUGACUGUGGUGGAGAAGCCUCAGGGAAACGGCUUCGUCCACAUCAUUAGGAACGCCACGGCGUUCGGAAUACGAUACGAUUUCGUCGGGGAACACGGGUGGCAACAUUAUAGUGCGGCUUUCGAGAAAAGCAUUGAGCAACUGGUGGAGAAUUCAGAGAUUCCCGGAAUGAGGCUCUCUCUGAAAACCGAGAGAUCGAUCAGUGACGAGUUGAGUAGGUCCUCAGAAAUGGGAGAAUGGGAGAUGAUUCUAUUGACCCUUGCCGUCUUUGCCGUCCUUUUUUACACCGUGAUCGUGAACACAACCUUUAGUUACCGAACCAAAAGUUUACCUGGUCUCAUGGGAGUCGCCUCGACAUUAAUGGGAUAUGCAGGCGGGGCGGGAUUCAUCUAUUUCUGCGGCUUACACCAUACACCUCCCGCUGAGGCAACACCCUUCCUUGUCCUAGGUAUCGGGGUUGACAACGCUUUCGUGCUCAUAAAUUCCUACAGCCUCACGUUUCUAAUCCCUGAUCCGAAAGAGAGAAUCCGCCACACCACAAGGGACGCAGGUUUAUCCAUCACGUGUACAACAAUGACGAGUGUAAUGGCCCUGAUUAUAGGGGCGGCAUCACCAUACGAAAGUAUUGCCAUGUUUUGUAUUAUUACCGCGUUCUGUUUAUUCUGGGGGUAUGUGAUGUCUCUAACAUUCUUUCUUGGCUGGCUAGUUUUGGACUGCCGCAGAGAAGUAGCGCACGUGAAGAGGAAAACACUUGCGAGGAAGGACGCCGAACGAGAGGAAGGAAGCAUAUCUGAUGACGAGGGAGAAAUGACCAAAGGGGAGUUUCACAGAGAGGAAGAAGGAUAUACGAAAGAGAAUCUCCCUCUCGAGGAUGAUGAAGACAGUGACAAUCAUGUCCUGCUGAAGAAGCGUACGACAGCAAAGUCGCCUCAGUCGAUUCCCUGGGAAUCCAAAGGGUAUGAAGAUGUUCUUCUGGCUCUGGAGUUGGACGGCAAAAAAGAGGAGAAGCAGACGAAACAUCUUUCACAGGUAGAAGCAGACGGGCGAAAACAGAAAGAUGGACAUGAACCGAGUGGCGUUUCAUUCAUCCCGCAGUCCAAGGAAGGACACACACUGGGGGCCGCGUUCAAGGACUGCCAUCCGAGAUUUCAAGUCGAUAAACGAAAACACACUUCCUCGCUUCACCUGAAAGAUAAGGAUAUUCGGAAUGACGACUCUGUCUCCUCAGUCUCGCAUACACCUUUUCUGCAGACUCGGUUCCAAGAUGGAAGAAGAACUCAACACGGAGAAGAUGAGGGAGAGGAAGGGCGAGGACAACUGUCUGUCGACGCCGGAAAACGAGAAAAACACCCAGAGGAAGAACAGAGCCUUCAAAAUUUCUCUGCCUCCUUGGCUCUCAAGAAAAACGGAGAUUAUGACCAGGUUCUAAGUCCAGAUUUCACCCCUAAUUUUCGCCCUCCUUCAUCGUCUUCGUCUUGUUCUUCCACAGUAGGACCUGCAAGUGAAAUAUCAUUCAAAGAGAACCCAGCAGACCAGGCUGCGCUUCUAGAGCGAUUCCGAAAGAUGUCCACAUUUGGUCUGGUGUCUUUGAUGGUCUUCCGAACAGACCAUCAGCAGGCACUGAAAAAGGUGAAGAAGAAGAGAGCUGCAACGCAGAAAAGGAAAAACGGCCCUACUUCCGGUUCGCCUGAACCAGAGAGAAUGGCCAGAUUCAACAGACGCGAUGAAUCCCUGUGGCCAGAGAACUCGAAAUCUGACAAGAUCAAAAUGAUGUGGAGGAGAAUACAAAGAGCAUUUUGCUGGCGGUCGCAGGGAGUAGAAACACAGGCAACUACAUUGCUUGCAGAGAGCGACGUCGUGCCACGAGAAACGAAAGUCGACAAGACUCUCGAAUUCCCCACGCCCCUCACGAGAGGAUCCAGUCUCCAUCCUGGCGACGAGAUGAACGAGCAUGAAAGGGAACCCGUGGAGGUGGAUUCUGAUCCGGAUCAGGUAAUCCGAGGUGCCGUUCAGGUUCUUCUUCCUGACCCUUCCAUGCCGCCUGACCCAUCAGGAAACUGGGCGGAGACGGCGAGCGCCAAUGGCGGCGGCCGCUGCCAGGGAGAGAAAUACAUCACAAUCAACGACGACGAACUCGAGGAAUUUCUUGACAGACACGUUAAAGAACCAAAAGGGAAUGUUGGACGUCUUGGAAGAGCCUUUCUCACCACGUAUUAUUGCAGGUGGCUAGCGUCAGGAUGGAUCCAGGCUCUCAUCACGGUUGGCUUUGCUCUUGUUUGUGGCAUCUCGAUCUACGGCUUCACGCUGAUUGAACCGGGUAUUACUGUGGACGAAAUCUGCCCGAAGGACUCAUACCUGAGAGUUUUCUUCGACGUCCGAUCGACCUACUUUAGCACCCUGGGUGAAGAAAUCACGGUUUUCUUCGCAGAUCCGGAGCGGUGGGAAUCGAAGGCCGUACAGGACAAACUGAUCGAUGUUCACGAGUCGAUUUACCUCUCGCAUCAUGCCGUUGCCGUUCACAAUGGCAUGUACGAGUUCCUCAAAUACAAGCAGAACGAACUCGUCGACGGCGAUAAAAGCGUUUUCACGAAGACGAUGCCGCACAUGGAGAACACGAGCGUGCUGUACGGGUGGCUCGAAGAAACAAGGACGAUUUUGAACGAGGCGCGGGAUUUCUUCCACGGCCAGGCCUUCACGCCCCUCGCCAUUCUCUGGGAGAGUGAUCCACAAAUUCUCGGCUGCACCAUCUCAAAUCUGUUCUAUGCGCUCGUGGCAAUCGUGCUGAUGACCGUUUUGCUGAUUCCCAACUUCUUGUCCAUGGUCAUCGUGGCAGUCACGGUCUUCUUUGUGGAUAUGGCGCUCUUUGGGUUCAUGGCCAUCUGGGGCCUGCGACUCAACAUGCUCACUAUGGUGAUUCUACUUCUUGCGAUUGGUUACAGUGUGGACAGCACGACGCACGUUCUGAACGCUUUCACACACUGCUGCGGGCAGACACGGAGAGACCGAAUGAAAGAGACGAUGGUUUUGAUGGGGAACGCCAUUGCGAACGGCAUGUUCUCGACGCUGCUUGCUGUCUUCUUCCUGAUGGGCUCAGACAAAUUCGUUUUGGCGGUCUUCUUCAAAAUGAUGAUAUUGGUUCUCACAUUUUCGUUCGGAUUUGGCUUCAUUUUCCUCCCCGUGGUGCUUCUUUACGCUGGCCCAAUGCCCACGAAUGAAUCCAUCGUUCAAUUCGUCGACACUAGGGCCGUGAAGAAGACGUCUCGAGCGUCGCUGCGCGCGCUAGCUAACCGCACUGGUGGAGCUAUCAACACCCGACGUCCGUCCGGCACCCCUGGAGGCUUCGCCAGCAGCCGCCUAUCUUCUUUGAUCGAUCGUCGUCUGUAUAACCGAAGAAGCGGCAACCCCGAAUCGCCGUCUCCAGAUCGCAACCAAGAAUAUCCAAACUGCCGUUUUGACAGAGGAGAGGAAGCAAAUACAGGCAACGCCGAUUGCUCCCCUCACGCCCAUCGAUCUGCGUCGGCGCCACCCGCUACAGUGAACGCUGCUCUACGGGGAUAA